GAUAGCAUGUGACUCUUGAUUCUUAGCAUUCUGCACAUUGUAUAUUAGAGAAGUUUGGUGGUCAGAAGCGGUGCCAGUCAGAGACUACAUAUCCCUAGGACCUCUGUGAGUCAUGGAUCCGGAGAACACCCCGACGACACAGCGAAAAUUAUUUGGUAUCAAGGUGAAGAAGAGAAAGAAGAAAGCCAACAAGGGUCUAGUCUUGGCAAACAAAGGUGCACUGGAGGGAUCGGAGGUAGAGUCUGGCCUGGAAGACCCUUUACUGGGUGAUGUCCCUGAGAGAAGUCCUCUGGCUGGACCCUCAGGCCUGCCCCCAUUCAGACAGGUGCCCCGAACCAAGAGGUCCAGACAUCUGGCCAAGAUUUUGGAGGGAGAGAGCAGACCCAAAACCUUCCAGAUUUCCAUCAACAUCACAAAGGCAAAACAACUGGUGGGGGAGAACAUCGACCCCAGUGUAGUGAUGGAGGUUGGAGAUGAACGGAAACAGACAACAGUCAAAGAGGGGACUAACGCCCCCUUUUAUAAUGAGUACUUUGUGUUUGACUUUUUCGGCCCACAAGAGACCUUCUUUGACAAAGUCAUCAAACUGUCGGUGAUGCACUCCAAGAUAAUGAGAAGCUUUUGCAUCGGCUCCUUCAAGCUUGAUGUUGGAACAGUCUACAGCCAACCAGGUCACCAGUUUAUCAACAAAUGGACGGUGCUGAUGGAUCCCUGCAACAUCCGAGCCGGGGUCAAAGGUUACCUGAAGUGUGACAUCAGCGUCACAGGGAAGGGCGACUCACCGGAGCCCUCACAGAAGUUCAGCGAUGCUGAGGAGGUCAUUGAAAACAACCUCUUACUGCCCCAGGGCUUCCCCUCUGAGCGUCCUUGGGCCCGGUUCCAUGUGAAGGUGUUCCGGGCAGAGGGCCUGCCCCGCAACAACUCCAGCAUCAUGGCCAACGUCACCAAAGCCUUCAUCGGCGACAACACCGCUCUCAUAGACCCUUACGUGGUGGUGUCCUUCUUUGGCCAAGUGGGCCGCACGUCGACCCAGAAGAGCACAGCGGAGCCCGUGUGGAACGAGCAGAUCGUCUUUAAGGAGAUGUUCCCUCCGCUCUGCCAACGGCUCAAGAUCCAGAUGAUUGACGAGGGCAGCAUGAACGACGUCGCCAUAGGCACCCACUACAUCGACCUGCGGCGCAUCUCCAACGACCAGGACGGCGAUAAAGGGUUUCUGCCCACGUUUGGUCCAGCCUGGAUCAACAUCUACGGCUCGGCAGACAACAGCGAGCUGAACGAGGGCAUGGGGGAGGGGGCAUCGUUCCGAGGCCGCGUCUUCAUCGAGCUCGCCGUGGAGAUCCUGUCCGGAGCCAGCGCCGCGGAGACCAAGAUGACGCGCUCGGCCAAGGAGCUCAGGUCCCCUCUGAAGGAGAAGGGAGGGAAGGUGGCGGGGAAGGAGCAGGCAGGGGGAGCAGGAGGAGGCGCAGCCGGGGAGGAGGAGAGGAGCAAGGCUGCUGGACCGGAGGUCAUCCCUGUGGAGAACCCACCUACGGUUGGUGUUGAAGACAAGGAAAACUAUAUGCUGUUUGGAGCUGUGUUUGAGGCCUCGUUGAUUGACAGGAAGAUCGGUGAUCGACCCAUCAACUUUGAAUUCACCAUUGGGAGUUAUGGGAAUGUGGUAGAAGGCGCUCAUGGGUCGAGUAAGAAGAGAGGAGGGUCGGAGUCUCAUGAUCCUGACUCCUCCCAGACCACGCCCCUUCUGGAUUCCCCAGAGCCUUUGCUCUGCAAGUCUACCACACCCCCAGAGAAACCCGUCAUCGUCGACGGAAACAGGAACUACAACUACCUGCCCAUCGGCCAGAAGAAGCCCUGCGUCCACGUGAUGAGCUGCUGGGAAGGCCGCACCUACCGCCUGCAUUACUCCAACGUCCUGGACAGCAUCGCCAUAGCGUUUGAGGAGGGUGUGGCCAAGGCAGGGUCACUGAACAAGCUGCUUGACGCAGGGGCGGAGGCUCUUCUUCUCCGGGUCUUUCAGGAAUUCUGCAGGGGUGCCAGGAACUUCAUUGCCUUUGCUGAGCGGAGGGCGAAGGGGAACCGUCUCACCCUGCUGGACAAGAAGCGCCUGACCCUGUGCAAACAGGAACUGGAGAGCAUCGUUGAGCUGAUUGGCUUCAUCACACUGCCCAAGAGGAAGCCUCUGAGUGUGAAGGAGCUGCUUCUAGAGGCCCAGAAACUCACACAGAGACUACGCUUCCUUGUGGAGGAGCCCCAGCACACCCUCCCAGAUGUGUUUGUGUGGUUGCUCAGCAACAACAAGCGCGUUGCAUAUGGCCGGAUCCCGGCACGGCACCUUCUAUACUCAGAGAACCCAGAGGAGAUGGGUCGGGACUGUGGCAAGAUCAAAACCCUCUUCCUCAAGCCCCCAGGUAGGUUGGGGAACAGCUGGAUGGUGCAGGCCAAGCUGGAGGUCUACCUGUGGCUGGGCACCUGCCAAGACUCCGCCCAUAUGAUGGACAAUCUCCCAUCAGGCUUUGAGGCGCUGCAAGCUGUCCAAUCAGAGGAGAGGACAGGGGCUCCACCUGCCUUCCUGCUGUACAGAGAUCAGCACCUCUUCCAGCUGCGGGCCCACAUGUACCAGGCCCGCGAGCUCAUCGGUGCCGACGCCUCGGGCCUCUCGGACCCGUUCGCCAGGGUCUCCUUCAUCAACAACAGCCAGAACACCACAAUCGUUAACCAGACCCUGACACCCACCUGGAACCAGAUGUUGCUGGUGAAUGGGGUCACUCUGCAUGGAGACCUCGAUGAACUGGCCAAAGAGCCCCCCUCCCUCGUUAUCGAGGUCUACGAUGAUGAUGCUCUGGUAAGAACCAACAAUGCUAACGCGGUGGUGAGAUUACCUGGGCGUCGGUGGUGCGGUGGUCUGUCCCAGGAGUCCUACCAGCCGCCCCUGCUCCAGUACAGCCCCCUCUACUGCGGCAGCCUGGCAGGGGGAGACCUGCUGGCAGCCUUUGAACUCAUACAGGUCCCAGAGUCUGGAGAGGACACUCUGCCAGAUGUGGAUGAGCCUGAUGGCCUGGUCUACCCCGUCCCUGCCUACAUCCGGCCUGUACUCAGUAGAUACAGACUAGAGGUAUUGUUCUGGGGCUUGCGGGAGCUGAGGAAGGUCCAGUUGCUGUCUGUGGACCGUCCACAGGUGUUUAUCGAGUGUGCAGGCAGAGGGGUCAACUCUUCCGUCAUCCCAAGCUACAAGACCAACCCUAACUUCAGCGUGCUGGUGGACGCUUUUGAUGUGGAGUUGCCUGAGGAUGAGCACCUCCACCCCCCUCUCAGCAUCACGGUGGUGGACUGGAGGGCAUUUGGGCGGAGCACGCUGGUGGGGUGUCACAUGAUCAACAACCUUGGCCUCUUCAAGUACACACCUCCACCUGCCCCCGCCCCGUUCCCUUCUACCCCCUCUGCCCCAGCCUCCCCCAUCCCGAAGCAGCAGGACCCCCACAGCAUACAGGUUCUCCAAAUGGCUGUUCAAGAUGGGCACCAGCCAGAGGGACGUCCCCCUUCUGAGGAGAUCUACAUCAACAUAGAGUACGACUCUGCACCCAUACUGCCCACACCCAAACACCAACCUCCACCCAAAGAGAAGAGGGAGAGUAGGAAGCAGACAAGGAGGUCUACGAAGAGGAAGAAGCGCACCAUUGCAGACGAGUCUGCCGAGUGUGUGAUCGACUGGUGGUCCAAAUACUACGCCUCUGUAGAGAAAAUCAAACAGGCUCGUGCCAGGGAUGGUCACCCAUUCCCCCAGGUCUAUGACAACAUUGCUCCGCUUCAGGGCUUGAUCUCAGAAGGAGUGGGUUCUCUGGUGUCUGGCAUGAAGGAACAGAUGAAACAGACACAGAAAGUCCAGCUGGUCAAGAGUGUGAUGGAGCAAUCUAAACUAGCCACUCUGCAGAUCUAUGAUAAGGAGCUGGAGGAGGAGUUUGCCCACUUUGAAGACUGGGUGAAGACGUUUGAGCUUUACCGGGGCAAGGCCAACGAGGAGGAGGGCUCCAGUGACGACCGCCUGGUGGGCAAGUUCAAGGGGCGCUUCUGUCUGUACAGACUGCCAGACGAGGAUGACGAUGAGUGUGGGGGACCGUUCAGGAUCAACCAGGGAAUCCCCGCCAACACUGAGACCAAGGUCCUGAUCCGCGUCUACAUCGUCUCCGCCAGCAACCUGCACCCCGCAGACCCCGAUGGGAAGUCUGACCCCUACAUCGUCCUGAGACUUGGCAAAACCGAGAUCAAAGACCGCGAUAACUACAUCCCCAAACAGCUCAACCCAGUGUUUGGCAGGUCCUUUGAGUUCCAGGCCUCAUUCCCCAGAGAGUCCCUACUGAAGGUCCUCAUCUACGACUACGACAUGAUCGGAGGGGACGACCUGAUCGGGGAGACGUAUAUCGACCUGGAGAACCGCUUCUACAGCCGCCACCGGGCCACCUGCGGCCUGCCCAGCGAGUACUCACUUGAGGGCUAUAACGCUUGGAGAGACUGCAUCCAGCCCUCAGACCUCCUCAUCAAGCUUUGCAAGGAGAACCGGCUCAAUGGGCCGAGCUUCAAUCCCGGGAGGAUCACCAUUGGAGACAAGGUCUUCACCGGAAAAACCCUGUUUGUGGAUGAAGAGCAGACAGUGGAGUCGUACGAGCACCUGGCUCUGAAGGUGUUGCACAGGUGGGCAGAGAUGCCAGGUGUGGGCUGUCAGCUGGUGCCUGAGCAUAUUGAGACACGCACACUCUACCACAAGAACCGACCCGGCAUGGAACAGGGUCAGCUACAGAUGUGGGUGGAUGUGUUUCCCAUGGACAUGCCACUCCCUGGACCCCCAGUGGACAUCUCCCCACGCAAGCCGAAAGGGUAUGAGCUGAGAAUCAUCAUCUGGAACACUGAAGAUGUGAUUCUGGAGGACAGCAACUUCAUAACGGGACAGCAGUCCAGUGAUAUCUACGUCAAAGGCUGGCUGAAGGGUCUGGAGGAAGAUUGCCAGGAGACGGACGUGCACUACAACUCGCUGACCGGUGAGGGCAACUUCAACUGGCGCCUCGUGUUCCCCUUCAGCUACAUGCCGGCCGAGAAGCUGCUGGUGGUCAGCAAGCGUGAGAGCAUCUUCGCCCUGGACAAGACCGAGCAGAAGCUGCCUGCCGUGCUCCUGCUGCAGGUCUGGGACUUCGACCGGCUCUCCUCAGAUGACUUUCUGGGCUCUCUGGAGCUGGACCUGCAUGGCUUUCCACGCGGGGCGAAGACCGCCAAGGCCUGUAAGCUAGACAUGCUGACCGACGGCACGGAGACGGUCUCCAUCUUCCAGCAGAAGCGCUCCCGAGGCUGGUGGCCUUUCUCCAAGUCUAAUGAACUCACGGGUAAAGUGGAGGCGGAGUUCCACCUGGUGACUGCAGAGGAGGCGGAAAAGAACCCAGUGGGCCGAGCCCGGAAAGAACCGGAACCACUCGAGAAGCCAAAUCGCCCAGACACCUCCUUCUCGUGGUUUGUGAACCCCUUCAAGUGUUUCUUCCACCUGAUUUGGAAGAACUAUAAGAAGUACAUCAUCGCUGCCAUAAUCCUGCUCUUCACUGUGCUUUUCCUGGCCCUACUCUUCUACACACUUCCUGGAGCCAUCACCCAGAAGAUUGUCAACGGCUGAUUGGUUCGGAGCGGGAGGGAGAGAACAAAGAUGAGCCAAAGAGAUAUCUCUGAAGUUCGACUACAAGAAGGACCCAAAGCUGCCAUCUUUGCCCAUAUAAGGAGAUCAACUGAACAUACCAAAGAUCACAGAACCCAUUCGAAGGCAGAUGACAAGUGUGUGGGCCAAAACGUCUGCAUUUCAGACUUUUUUGUCCCGGUGAGAGUAUAACAGAUGUGAUUAUUCGUUAUCCCCAUGUUAUUUUCCAGCUUUGGCAGCUUUGUUGUAAAUGAACUUCAGAGGUCUGUGGAUAAGCCAAACAUCAGAUAAAUACAGGUCAACACGAAUCACACAAUAUACUAUACGGACAUAAUUUAUUUCUGAUAUUUAAACACUUAGUGAUGUUUUCAAAAAAGGCAUGAUACACAAUAACUUAUAUAAUGUUAGAAGAACUCACUCAAGGAAACAGCAAUCUGUCUGGAAAAUAACACAUUCUUUGAUGUUGCCCCUUGUAGGCCUAUAUGCCAGUUGAAAGAAUGGGCCGUGGUUACUGUGCUGGGUUUUAGUGUGCUUUGUGCAUCAACAGUUAGAAUGGUAAAAGGAUCUUUUCCAGUGGCAGCAUGAUUUGGCUCAUAAUGAGAGACAUGAUUACUUUAACCUUGUUUAAAACAUUCAAAAAGCCACACCCAAGUGACAGGCAAUAGGGAUGUUUUGGGAUAGGGGUUGUUCUUUUGGGUCAUUCUUUUUAAAUUAUUUGUCCAAUUAAAUAUCAAUCUUUUCUGAAUCAAAAUGUCAGGCUACUAUGCAUUUUGUCUGUACUCAUCCCUGCAAUGGUUACCCAAACAUUACCUCAUAGUAAAGAAAAUCCAGCUACUACUAGUGGCCCCAAUAAAAUGUCGCACUCUCUCAUUCAACUUAAUUGCAAGCACAUAGAGAAAUGUCUGUUGUUGUUAAAUUUUACUUAUGUUGUUAAAUUUUACUUAUGUAUAAAAAUAAUUUGGUAAACAAGCUUUUCACUUUUCUUUAGUGGUUUUCACAAUUUGUUUCCAGUAGCAUGACCAGAUGCCUGUUUCCCCCAUGGUCAUUUUUCAGCCCAUCUAGGCGUCCCGACGUAAGUUUUUGUCCCAACGGUGAUAGAAGCAAAAAUGUGAGCAUAGGAUGUUUUUCAUUUGUGACAUGUGCCUUGGGAUUUGUGAACCUGGACUGAAAGAUUUGUGAAGUUGUAACUACUAUGUUGUGUGUGCAGGAUAAAAAAAAUUCCCUGUGA